GUUGCCUCUCGCCCCGCCCUACUCAGCCCUCUGCCCCUUUUAAUAGGGAAACCUUCUGAUAUGCAGCCAGCCCUGAUUCGCCAGUCACCCUACCCCACCCCCAACCCAAGCUCCUGUUUAGUUCGGUAUCUGCACGUGCCGAUCGGCCGCCACCAAUGUUGGCGCGCUCAGAAGUAAACAAAAACACUGAACCUCGCUCCUAAGCACCGAAGGUGUGAACUGCGAACUGCGAACUGCGAACUGCGAACCAUCCCAACAUCAGAAGUACAACAUCAACAAAAUGCCUCGGGUGGCUCAGGUACCGCGAAAAAGCGCCACUAGCAGGACGGCUUCUGGCUCUCUGUCCGCAUCGCCGUUCAAGUCACCGGUUAAGAUCCCGCUUAACGACGAUGCACAAGAGAAGGCGCGCCGGUCGCAUGGCCGCAAAGCCCUUCACGAAGCACAGAUCAACCAGCUCAAAGCCGCAGCGACUGGAACCCCGGCGCGCAAGAUCAGCCUUGCGCUAGACGGGGACGAGAAUGCCGGAUCGCCGGGUUCAAAUCCGCGCACGCCGGUGCGGUCACGGCAGAACGGCGCGAUGGCGAUAGACGACGACCACGAGCGAUUCGUCGUCGGCGGCUCGGCGGUCACGCCUAUGAAGCGCGUCCCGAUCCUGGCCAACUUUGAGGAGUGGAUGAAAAUGGCUACCGACAACAAGAUCAACGCGGCUAACUCGUGGAAUUUUGCUCUGAUCGACUACUUUCAUGACAUGUCUCUGCUGAAGGAGGGCGACGGCGUCAACUUCCAAAAAGCAAGUUGCACUCUGGACGGCUGCGUCAAGAUCUAUACGAGCAGAGUCGACAGUGUUGCAACCGAGACCGGUAAACUUCUAAGCGGCCUGGCCGAUAGCCGGGACAACAAGAGGAAGGGCCGUGAUAGCGAGGAAGGCGAGGAGGACGAGGAGGAAGAGGAGGAAGUAGACGAGGAUGGCAACAUUAAGAAGAAGCCCAAGAAGAAGUCGCAGCGAUCGUCCGAGGCAACACUAGCCCCGUCAUUUGCUUCUUUGCAACUAAAGAAGUUCGAGCUCGAAUUCUCCGUCGAUCCCCUAUUCAAGAAAGCCUCGGCGGAUUUCGACGAGGGCGGCGCCAAAGGCCUGCUCCUUAACCAUCUCAUGAUUGACGGGCAAGGCCGCAUUGUCUUCGACAGUAGCGACGAUACAGGAGAUGCGUCUGCCGAGUCCAAGUCGCGUCAGAAGGACGACAUGGAAGGCGAUGAAGAUGAUAGUGCAGAGGAGCUUGAUGCUUCGACUGCGGAUAAGACCGCGGCGCUUGAGGAGGAGGACGAGGAUGUCGAAAUCGACAUCGCAUCGCUCGGUGCCAAAUUCUUCCCCGACCUCAGCGGCCUCGACGAACUGGACGUGUGCCCAUCACUGAAGACAUUCGACCUUGGAGACCCUUCGGGAUCCCUGGAUAUCCCCUUCCUCAAAGCUCCAGAAGACUGGCGACAGGAGCAAGACAAGGAAAAAGGUGCCGAGUCCGGAGGCAUCGGAGACAAAUCGGGCAUGUUCAUCGACGAGGAGAACAUGCUUGGUUUCGACGAUACUGACGCCCUUGGCACUUUCGGCAUGGGACCGGAAGUCAACUUCGGUGAAGGUGGCGAGGCUUGGGCUCGAGAAGCUGCGCUGGAGCAACAGAUGAUGCGAGUCUUCGAUGUCGGGCUCGGCGACGGCGCUGGAGGUGACGGCGACGGUGUUGAUAUGCUGGACAAUGUCAACGGCGAUUUCGUCGUCUCCAUGACCCAUGCCCAGAAGGCGGACAAGGUGCACGAGGACAUCCUCAGUUACUUUGACCAAGCGCUCCAGAAGAACUGGACAAAUGCUGAGCACUGGAGAAUACGAAAGAUCAAGGACGUCAACAAGCCGUCCGAGCCGACACGGCAGAGGAAAGAGAAGCAGCCCUUCGAGAUUGACUUCUCAUCGCCACUCGAUGCGGCCCUCGGCGAGGUCAUCUAUAACCAGGCCUCAAGCACCUCGGCCAUCUCGUUGCCGAAGAAGGACUGGAAAUCAAAGUCGCGCAACCUGCUCCCGGACGACAAGCACUUCAACUCGAAGCAGCUCGUCAGCCUCUUCCUCAAGCCCAAGGCUCGCCUUGCCCAGAGGCGAGCAGCAUUCGGUAGCCGCGGCGGCGCCUUUGGCAACGGCGACCAGCAGAACCACGACGGGCCCGAGGGCGAGAUGGACGAGGCCUUCUGGGCUGCGAGGAAGGCCCCCAUAGAGAGCGUGGAGACCGGCUCGCCGGGCGACGACACCGCGCUCCCCCAGGGUGACUACGACGCCAAUUUCUUCCAGGACGACGGCUUGCCGUUUGCGGGGGCCACCGGUCUCGAAGACGACGACGACAUCGACGAGUUUGCCGAUGCCCGCGAGCAGUUCUCCCCCGGCCUAGGGGAAGGGGCCAACUUGGGCAUGACCGAGGAUGUCGGCAUGACGGGCGCCUUCACCGGCCUGACUGUCACGAACCCUGCCGACCUGGCGUUCGGCACUAUGCUGGUUACUCAGAACAGGAGGGUGAGGCCCGAAUACCUGCAGUACGCACGGGUCGCGAAGAAGGUGGAUGUCCGCAGGCUAAAGGAGGAGAUAUGGAAGGGAAUGCGCUUGGAGAAGCUCGAGAACGAACCCCCUCAACCAAGACUGCCCUCGCCGCCGGCCGAUGAGUCAAGCCCGCCUCCCGCCAUCUCAGCUGGCGGUGGAGGCGACCAACCGGCGCUGAAGUUCACCAACGUAAUGAACGACCUUCAGAGGGUCUAUCCCAAGACGGCCAUGGACGACAUCUCGACCAGUUUCUGCUUCAUCUGCCUGCUCCACCUCGCCAACGAGAAGGGCCUCGUCAUCACGAAGAACUCCGCGCUCGACGAGCUCGACAUCCGGAAGGACUGGUCUGCCGAAAUCACGGACGGCGGGGAGUAAGGCCGUUGGCAAGGUGGGGGUGGCAGGGGGAUUGUCUGUCUGAGGGACAAGGCUCCUUCAACCGGGCUUACUCUGUGUGUACUGGAUAGGAGUUCGAUCGGCUUUGUUGUUGUCUCCCAUGAUCCUAGGCCCUUAAAGACCAGAAGGGCGGGCGGGUAAUGUGGCUGGUCCGGUUUUGUUUACCUAGUUAUGACGAGAAAUGAGGGUGAGAGAGCGUGCAUAUGAUAUGGGAUGCGUUUUUGAAGUUAUCUUCGCUACAUCCAACCCGUGGAAUCCAGGCCUGGCCGUCGAA